UUAUUUUGGUAAUAGGAGCGGAAGUAUUGCGAUGUCAACAAGUUUGCUGUGUGUUUUAUGAGGAUAUUACCGAGAGAAUCUGCGCAUUGAUCAGACCGCAGGGGAAUAAAUGUCAUAAAUGUGAAGAAGAGGUGAUUCAUCGCGGUUUACAGUCAUGAACGGAAGCUGUAAUGCGGUGCUGGAUAAAGAGGAACAUGUUUUAAAGCUAGGAGAGAGCUUCGAGAAAAGAGCCAAGUCCUCCUUCCACACCAUCAGAUAUGAUUUUAAGCCGGCUUCCAUCGACACAUCGUGUGAGGGAGAACUGCAGGUGGGAAAAGGAGACGAGGUCACCAUCACGCUGCCACACAUACCUGGUUCAACGCCUCCCAUGACCGUCUUCAAAGGCAACAAGCGUCCGUAUCAGAAAGACUGCGUCCUGAUCAUCAACCACGACACGGGCGAGUUUGUGCUGGAGAAGCUGAGCAGCAGCAUUCAGGUCAAGAAAACCAGAGCUGAGGGCAGCAGUAAGAUCCAGGCUCGGAUUGAGCAGCAGUCAGUGAGAGCCAGUCAGCCUGCCUCUCAGUUCCGAACUCCCACUAAACCCAGCGGCGGAGUGAAGACGUCCCCGAGUAAAGACAACCCGUCUCCUGAACCCCAGCUGGACGACAUCAAGAGAGAGCUGCGGGCGGAGGUGGAAAUCAUUGAGCAGAUGAGCAGCAGUGGCAGCAGCAGCUCCUCAGACUCAGGCAGUUGUUCAGGCAGCGGUGAUGACGACAGCUCCAGCAGUGAUGGAGAGCAGGAGAGCUCAAACCUCCACCUGUCCCCCAGCCGAGAGCCUCUGAGCAACGGAACAGACAAAUCACAGGGUAACAACCAACUAAUGAACACGCUGAGAAAUGAUCUGCAGCUGAGCGAAUCAGGCAGCGACAGCGACGACGAUUGACGUCUUUUUUAAUCAUCCCUCGCUCAAGGCUCUUCCCUUUCUUAUUUUCCCUAAACGUCGUGACACGCACUUUUGUCACACCCCUUAUAUAUAUAUUAUUAAUUCAUCAGAGAAGUUUGUAUUUUUUAUUAGAUUAUUUUUAUUUCUUGAAAGUAUAUUUUAAGGCUUGUUACGGGCAAAAGCAUCGUGUGUAUAAAAAAAUAAAGGGAAAAAGGAAAAAAAAAGGUUUCAGUAUCAACACCGGUCAAUAGUUUGACCAGUUUUUGGUUGAUACGAAGGCAGCAAGCGGUCAAAACGGGGCGGAGCUUUGAGUUUCCAGGUGAUCAGAUCACCACCAGUUUGCCUUUUCAUUCUUUUAGCUCAGUGAAGUGCUUAGCAUUAAAUAGUCCAGUGGGUUACACACUGUAUCUCGGUUGUGAUGUCAUGCGAUCAUGACACUAUUUCAGUCCCUUUUUUUUGCAGUAGAAAACUACUUGAAUUGCUGAAAUCGCACGAUUCUUCUUUUAAAAACUCUUAUAAGUGAAGACACACCCGUAAUGACUUUCUAUGAGCGCUGUGCUCAUGUUAGACGCACGUGAAGGGAAGUCGUGAUGACGUCACCCGCCAGGUCUCGGGCUUUUAAUCUGCAGAAAAUCUGCAGUCAUUGUCACUACUCGAUCCGUACCGGAAACACGACUUGUACUGUGCGGAAACGCGUCCGCUUCUUUGUCUGUCAUUUACACUUUAUAAUACUGUUGUUAUAACACGGCUAAUGACUAGGAAUAAUCUCGCGCAUGCGCAGAACUAAACCGGAGUUUCCGCAGUGCAAAUCGUGUUUGGAGGUACGGAUCGAGAAGUGACAGAAAUUUGGAAAAAAAAAAAAAAAAUCGCAAGAUCCUCAGAAUACCAUGGAGUUUGCUUGAUUUGGCGUUCAUUUCUGUGAUCGCAAAACGACCAAAUCCUGAAAGGACUGGUUAUAAAUAUGUGAUUGAUUUUGCACGAUCAGGCGCGAUUGUACUGCUUGUUUGUUUUUUUUUUGUUUUGUUUUUUUAACUCACUUAGGUUUAUCAGGUGGAAGGGAGACAUAUGGAGAGUUUACAUAUCCACUGUGUGUAAAUUUUAGCUUUCAUGAGUUUUCCGAUGGGAAAUGGUGAAUAAACUGGGAAUUAGUAAAUAAACUGGGAGAAUAUAGAUGCGUUUUAGAUUGUGGGAUAGCGAGCGAGCAUGAACGAAAAAUGAAUAAACCGCAGUGUUGCUGCUGUAAAUUAACAACAACAACAACAAAAAAGGGAUAUUAUAACUAAGGAAAAACAUUUCGAAUUAAUUUGACACUACUUCAGGGUUGGGGGACGUCCUACGAUGUAAACAGACACGCCCCCUCUCAGGCACGCCGCCACUGAUGAAGAUAAUGAAGGGAGAUAUUCACGCCGUGUGCAGUGGACUUUUAGUCGCUUCAAUUCUGUAUAAAUACAUAAAGUUAAUAAUAACUUGUUUUUGUUCACCACCAUGCUGUGAAGUUCCACCUCUGCAGUGAUUGGUCCUCGCUGUUCUUCUGCACUUAUUAUGUUUAUCUGAGGCUGCUGAAGUCUAUGAAAGGUCACAAGACAGUUGCUUCUUCUGUAAAGAUGAAGGAAAUGUUGUAUGACUUGAACAGUGUAAUUGUUAAAUGAAUAAAUAACUAAAAAAGAGUCAAGGCCAGUAUUUUGAACUAUAAAUGCUUUUUUUUUUGCUCUUCAUGUGUUACAUUAAGCUGGAAUGUUAUUUGUUCAUGGAGCAAUAAAGAGCUGUUUUCUGAAA